AAGACAAUUUUAGCUAAUACAAAUCGUUUUCUAGAUGUACUUUAAACACUGUUUGUCACAUUUAUUAACAUCCGGGUGUUUACUAAAUAGAGCCCACGUGGGCCCAACUUCAUGCGUAUGGAUUUUGCGAGAAGGCAGUUAGAAAAAACUGGAUGGAAAUACGGUUGUGGACUGGGAAAACACGAGAAUGGAGCUGCACAACCCGUUAAGGCUACAAUCAAAAUGGACACACGUGGCUUGGGAUUUGAUCCUGGCAAGGAGUUCAGUCAUGACUGGUGGACGAUGGCUUUCAACAAAACAGCUGAGAAGCUCUCUGUCACAAAUACGGAUUCUAGAUCAUCAGUACAAGUGUCUCAAGGUCGUGAAUGUUCCAGUGGAAAAAGUGGACCGAAAGGUGGUGACCUUGAGACAUAUCGAGGAUUUGUGAAGGAAUCUGUUGUUCCUGUUGAUUCACCCAUAAAAAAUGUCGUCACAACUGAGAUGGUUUCCGAUGACGAGCUCUUUCUUGCUUGCGGCGGACGAACAGCACACAGGGCAGCUCGACAUGGACUGAAAUUGAGUGGGAAGUUGAAAAGACUAGCAAAGCAAGAACACAAGUCAUCGUCUAUUAAGAAUGGCAAGUUGUUGGUAGUAGAAUGUAAAGCUAAGAAACACUGUCAAAGAAUUGAUGGAGUAGCACAAAAGGAAUGCAGCCCAUCUCUGAAUGUGGAUGUCUAUCAGAGUGUGGGGAGUAAUGAUGGUGUUUGUGUAUGUAAACACAAGAAACCUAAGAGACGAUUUCAAAGAGUCAGUGUUGUAUUACAAAAGGAAUGCAGUCUUUGACGGAUGUCUGCCAGAGUUUACAGUAUGAUGAAGCUGUGUGUUUAGUAAACAGAGAGAAAAGAGGAAAACACAGAUGACCACCUAGUCAAUGUUGUCGAACUCAUAAUUAUCAUAAUGUUUUACUCACUCUUUAAUAGAUCUAUUGAAACUCAUGCCGAAUAUAUAUAAGAGCGUUAUCAU